ACUAGGCGUCACCUCCCUUUUUUGUUUUUUUUUUUGUUUUUUUUUCCUUUUCGAAGAGGGUGAUUUAGCUGUGAGACCUGAUAUAAUGGGUAACCGCCUGUCUCCAGCUCAACGGGAGUUUUAGAUCCAAAUUAAGUCCCACCUUGUUUUAGGGAACAUUUCUUUUAAUAAGAGAGAUUUAAAGCCUUUUGUUAAAUUUAUUUUUGAACAUUUUCCUGCUAUUACACGGGAAGAUGUUUUGGUGCCUGAUUUCUGGGGAAGAGUUGGGAGAAAGAUUUACGAUUUACAAGUUCAGGGGAGGAUUUCAGUCGGUCGUUUUUUUCCGCUUUUUCAUUCCAUUCUUAAUUUGUUAAAAAAGAAGAGAGAGAGUUGGGUCCCCAGUUCACCUACCUCGUGUUCCUCCCACCCCAAUCCUAUUCCCUCUUCCCCUAAGGGCGGAUCGGGAGACAGAUCCUGCCAUACAUCGGCACAGAGCUGCUGCCGUCUCUCUGCUGCUUCCCGAUCCUCCCUGUCCCAUUCGUGUGUUGGGACUGGCCACCCCAACACAUGUCAUUCCUGUUCCCUCUAUACCAGAGACCCUAAUCCUAGUUUGAAACCCUGUUGCUCUUUAGAGGACUUAACUGAACAAAUAGGACAAAAUGGCGCCUGCCUCAUGGCGAAAAAAGACCAGCCCCAAGAUGGCGCCCCUCCUUCUCCUUCACCCCAGAAAAUUCCUGACAUCUCGCCCCCGCCUCCUCCCCCCACUCCGUCGAGUGCCGCCCCUGUGUCGGGACCCGUCCCCUCCUUCCCUCUGACCACACCCCUGGGUGGGCCCCCUGUGGCUGGGACCAGCCCCCAAGUGGGCCCAGCCCCCGUGGGUGGGAACCCCCCACCAGAAAGUCACGCCCCAGUGGGUGGGUCGGGACACGCCUCCUCCUCUCCUGCCACUGCCAGUACCGGAACCAGGAAGAAGCCUGGCCGGAAGCAGGCCAUCCUGGCCUGUCGGACGCACGGUCUCCGGGACCCACCGGCCAGGGGGAGGCACCGUGCCCUAACCCAGCCUGCUUCAUCCUCGGAAGAGGAUGAGGAGAGUGGCAGCCCCCAGCAUUCCAACAAGUCGGGGGGGGGGGGUUGGGCAAAGAUCAGAGAGGAGGCAAUUAAGGAUGGGAAUUUGGAAUUGGCACGGGACUUGGGCAGCUUUGCGGCACCGGUCAUCCUCCGGCGGGGGAGGGAGCCAAAGUGGGAGCAAAUUCCAUACGCUGAGGUGAAGGAGUUAAGGAAGGCUGCCAAAGAUUAUGGCAGAAACUCGCCUUUCUUUAAAAAUGUGCUGGACUUAACAUUUGCUGGACGUUUCCUAGUCCCCCAUGAUUUAAGGUAUAUUGCUAAGGCACUGUUUGCUCCCACCGAAUGCGACCUCUGGGAGAUUCAUUGGAAAAAACUGUUGAAACCACUCCUGCGCAAGUAUGAUCUCGCAGAGGUGGUGGGAGAGGGGGAUGAGGCAAUGGAAGCCCUUGCUGGAGAAGGGGAGUUCAGCAGUCCGGAGGACCAAAUUCUACUAGCACAGGAGCUGCUUCAGGACAUAGCAGCAGCGGGAAAGGAGGCACUCCUGAAGAUACCGGAUGCGACAAGGGUACCAGCCAGCGGGAAACUGGCGGCGAAGCGCGAGGAAGGGCCGCGCGACGACACCAAGUGGCCCUUCUCAGCAUCCCAGCCUCCCGACCAUCAGGGAGGACGAGUGGCCGCGCGGCCAAGUCCAGCAGUUCAGCGCAGCCACGAGGACGGACUCCGCCUCUUCCGCCGGACGGGUACCCUAAAUCAGGGCAAUCAUCAGGUCCUCCGCAGCAGCGUCACCAUCUCUCUCCAGGAUGAGGACCUGACGAGAAUUCCUGCUGGGUUCCUGGGCCCCCUCCACGACUGUCGGGACACCACCGUGCUCAUCUUAGAAGACUCCUUCAACACGCCAAAUGAAAUCACCAUCUUAGCUGAGGGAAAGUCGGUGCAGAUGCGGCUCAUGGCAGACACAGGAGCUGACGUGACCAUCAUCCCCCAGGUGAGGUGGCCCAGCGACUGGGAGCUUGUGCCCCCUUGCGGCAGGAUCUCCGGUGUGGGCGGAGCGGUCCACUCUCUGAGGAGUAGGCAUCUUGUGUGCGUGGAAGGUCCAGAAGGACAAUUGGCAACGACUUUUGUAGCGCAGAUUUUAUCACCUGUGCGUCGGCUUUUCCCUGAGGCCAUCAUCCUGCAUGACAUGGAUGAUGUGCUAGUUUGUGCUUCCGACUCGACAUACCUAAAGGCAACACUGGACAAGACUAUUAAGGCUAUCAAAGCUGCAGGGCUCCAGAUAGCAGAAGAGAAGAUCCAAUUCUCAGCACCAUGGAGGUACCUCGGAUUCCUCAUCACGGGAAGGACAGUGACGCCACAGACACUGACCAUCAACAAGGAUCCGAAGACUCUGCGAGACCUUCAGCAGCUGUGCGGAACGAUCACCUGGAUCCGCCCCCUCCUGGGACUGACGACUGAGGAGCUGUCACCUCUCUUCUGUCUGCUUCGAGGCGACGGAGACCUCGCCUCACCACGCGAGCUGACACCUGCCGCGCGGGAAGCCCUGCAACGGGUUGCUGUUGCUCUGAAGUCUCGCCAGGCACACCGCGUGGUCCGGACCCUUCCCGUGAACUUCGCGGUGUUGGACGCUGAGGAUGACUGCCGCCUUGAGGACACCUCUGAAACAUCUGAUGCUCCUGAUCGUCAUCAUCUGGCUGUCACCGGUCAGGAGCUGGAUAGUCCCACAGCUGAGAGAAAACAUAUGGGUCACGCUGGCGAAGUCCUUGAAGCAGGACAACUUCUGUAUGGCCAUGGGAAGUGUGGACAAUCCGUUAUCCACGUGCCUGGUAGGAGUCCCCCUGUCGCCAAACGACUAUCCAUAUGCAGGAAAAAAAACCUAAUCCUGUGGACACCUGGGAUGAGUGGACGAGGAUUCUGCCAUAUGCACCACAGGAGCCCCAAGAAUUGGACCUAUUGGGCUCCUCUCAGGCAACAUAUUGUGUCAGGUUUAGGUACCAGCCCUCCCAGAAAGACUGGGAUCAAAUGGCUAAACUCCACCCCGCUGGUACCCAAGAAGUAAAAAGACACGAUGUAUCUCCCCACGAUGGGAGAUACCAUGCAGCAAAUUGGUGCAAUUGCACCUCGACCAUGGUAUCUAGGUCCUCCUCAGUUCCCAGGGUGCUCCCCAGGGGGGUUUUUCUCAUCUGCGGCGACAGGGUGUGGGCAGGGAUUCCCUCCCAAAUCCAGGGAGGCCCCUGCAGCCUUGGGCAGCUUACCACACUGACACCGAACAAAACCCAAAUUUUAAAUUGGAAAAACGAAAAUAAAUUGGCUCGCAAAAAGAGAUCCUAUAACCAAUUCGACGAAAAUUGUGAUUCAAAAAUUUACAAUUGGGGAAAGACGAAGAGAGUCACGGUAUCCAUAUUUUUACCAUGGUAUGCCACAGCAAAGGCCCUCGGUGAGCUUUCUCACCUCGAGUGUUGGCUCAGUAAGCAGGCCAACGCCACGUCCGCUGCCCUUUCCGACUUGCUAGCGGACGAAGAAGUCACCCGGCACGCCACACUGCAAAAUAGGGCUGCUAUUGACUUCUUACUGCUCGCCCAUGGCCACGGCUGUGAGGACUUUGAAGGAAUGUGCUGCUUCAAUCUGGCAUCAAAGAGCACAUCCAUCCAAGCUAAUAUCCAGCGGAUCCGAGAGCAAGUUGACAACCUCAAGACUGAGACCUCGACUGUAGAUCCUGUGAAUAAACUGCUGUCUCAAUGGGGUGUCCCAGGGUGGGUUGCUAUCAUUCUCGGGGGACUCUUUUGGAUCUUUCUGAUAAUGUUCAUUUUCUCGGUUGCUUUAUUUUUGUUUAGACGUAUGUUGCUUAAAACGUUGGGAAGUGCUUAUUUAAUAAAUAAAACCGGGAGAGAUGUAGGAGGAGGGGUUGGGGAAGGCAGUCUAGGGUUGCCAUGGGAAACAGCAGUUGUAUGAGUUCUCCACCCCCUUUUGUAAGAGAAUUGUACCCUCCCCCUGUCCUGUCGGUUAUUGUUCAAGUCUGCCCCUUAGCCUAGAAUCUUCUCUGUUCCACGUUUUCCCUUUGGUUCUUCCACCAAGAACACUCCUUUCCCUUUUCCCCACUGGUUAAUGUUGUAUUUCCCCUCCCUUUAGCCUUCUCCAGAUUGUACCCUCGAAUGCUAAACCCUCCUACCCCUACGCAGUAAAAGAAUCCUCACCCCGCCCUUCGGGGCUCUCGGAAUCUGCCUCCCUUCUGCUUCGUUGUCUCCCUGUUUGCCCCUUCUGCGACCCUUCGAUAAACGAGC